AUCUAUCAUACAUCACCUAUCAGAAGUCAACCAAUCGCAGUGAAGAAUUGGCCAAAAUUCCAGUGCAUUUUAUCCUGUGUGCAGAUGUCAGAUUAAAUUACUUGGAAUUUAUUUAACUGGCCCCUCCCAGAAUCUCUUUAUGGACAAAUCCAGGACAAGUAGGUUUUAUACAGGAAUAGAAAGAAAAAAAGCAUCUCUUUUACCUUUUAGAUGACUUUCAGAAACACUAUUGUUGGCUAUCUUCUGUAUGAUUGAUCUGAUUUAUUGAUUUUACUUACAAUAAAUCGAUUAAUGCUGUGUAGUGGAUUACUGAUCCAGCCCUGAAAUACAUGGUACUGUAAUAGUCUUUUAUAAUUAGCAAUGCGUGGGAUCCCAGCAGACACAGAACAGAGUGCAACUCUACUAGGAGACAGAAAGCAACUGUUUAUCUACUGUCCUUGCGUUCGUAAUUAGUGUAGUGCUGUUUAUAGAUAGCAGGUUGCUGAGAAGAGCUCUGUGCUGCUGAUUCCAGGAAUGGAGGGGGUUACUCAAAGCCCUAGGAGGUCUGGCUAAGCCGGACAACAGCUGCGUGUUUCUGGGUGUGGGAUUUCAUCAAAGCGCUCUGUCCCAGCACUCUGUGUUUAAUGCAAGUUGAGGGCAGUGGGGUCUGCAGUAGUGUUGUUGAUGCACUAAGCUCAUCAGAGGCAUUGUGAGUUCGUUAAGGACUGGAGAUGGAGGACCUUCAGGACCAGUUAGCUGUACAGACAGUGAGCGAGGCUGCGACAGGUACCUGCAGUGUUACCGGAUCUGUCUGACCAGGGCAGCGUUGAGAGCUUGUGCUUCUGAAUAUAGAGCUCCUUGGUUUCCUGAGCUGGUGUCUGGGGGCCGCGUUAUGUAUUUGCCUAUUUGUUUUUGUUCCUGAUCAGUAAGUUUCUUUCAGUUCACUUGGUUUAUUGAUUCUGUUAGAGGUCAAUGUUGCUGUCAGCCCCUGUCUGUCUCUGUAGUAAACAGAAAAAGAAAGCAUUUGCUUUGCUUCCAACCAUGUUUGUCACUGAGCAGCAAAACUAAUAAUAGAAUUGGGCGUCUGCCUCCUCCUUUAAGAUACAGCACAGCUCAGAGCUCAGCAAGUGCCUGGUGGCUUUUCUGCCAGGACUAGUUAGUCCGGCUCCUGUGUUGAGCUGUACAGUCAGGCCAGUGCAGAGUUCAGUAUGUUGGGAGUUAACACCAACUUGUAGAGUGAAGUAUGCAUCAAGGUAGCUAGGAGCUUGUGUGUUGCCUAGCUGUAUUGUGAUUAACCCAGCAUGGCUAGUUUGGGAUAUGUGCUGUGCUGUACUGUACUGUACAGCUCUCUCUUGAGUCAUUUUAAAAACAGUGAUGUGUUGAUCUAGCUUGAAGCUCAGCACUGUGCAGUAGAGUUUGCAUUGCUUUGUCCCUCCCAGAAUCAGCCAGGUCUAGAGUUAGUGUUUGAAGCCAGGUUGGAGAGUGCUGGGUGUCCCUGUGAUUAUUUUCAGUAUUGUCCAGUAAUAUGUGAUGGCAGGAUCCCUCCAGUGACUCCUGACAGCUGCCAGCUGUCCGUUCUUCCUCUGGCUCCCUGGCCGCGAGGCUGAGUGUCGAUAAUCCAGUCAUGAAGAAGAGGAAAGAGCGCCCCGGAGCCCCCAGUCUGCGGAUCCAAAUCUGGCCCACGGCACACUACCGCUGCCACAGCAGCGAUGUCCUGCAGCACCUCCUUUCUCCCUCGUCCCUGGGUCCCAGUCCCCAGCACCUCCACGUCCCGGCCAGCGCAGAGGCACCCGUGUCCACCUCUCCUCUGGGCUUCCUCCCGGGCCAGCUGAACCUCUUCAGCCCCCUGAGCCUGGCUGUAGGCAACCCUUUCCAUUGGAGCUGUCGGACCAGCAACAGGAAGAGCCUCAUAGUGACAUCGGGCACCUCGCCAACGUUACCCAGACCACAUUCCCCACUCCACGGACACACAGGAAGCAGCCCUCUGGACAGCCCCAGGAACUUCUCCCCGAAUGCUGCUGCUCACUUCUCCUUCGUCCCAGCACGCAGCCACGGGCACAGGGCUGACAGGACGGAUGGUCGCCGCUGGUCCCUGGCCUCCCUCCCCUCCUCAGGAUAUGGAACCAACACUCCCAGCUCUACGGUAUCGUCAUCCUGUUCAUCCCAGGAGAAGCUGCACCAGCUGCCGUACCAGCCCACCCCAGACGAGCUGCACUUCCUCACUAAGCACUUCAGCUCUGAGAGCAUCACUGACGAGGAGGGGCGGAGAUCCCCCUCCAUGCGCCCCCGCUCCCGCAGCCUCAGUUCCCGUCUUCACCUGCAGAGCGGUUGUUGCGGCUCACGCAGCCCCGGACGGUCCCCCAUCUCUUUCGACCAUGAGAUUGUAAUGAUGAACCAUGUGUACAAAGAGAGGUUCCCGAAGGCGACGGCGCAGAUGGAGGAACAUUUGGCGGAUUUCAUCUCCUCCUGCGCCCCCGAGAAGGUGAUGCCCCUGGCCGACGGGGUCCUGAGCUUCAUCCACCACCAGGUGAUCGAGCUGUCCCGGGACUGCCUGGACAAGUCCCGAGAGGGCCUCAUCACCUCACGCUACUUCUACGAGCUGCAGGAGAACCUGGAGAAGCUGCUGCAGGACGCUCAUGAGCGCUCAGAAAGCCGGGAGGUCGCCUUCGUCACCCAGCUGGUGAGGAAACUGAUGAUCAUCAUUGCCAGGCCGGCCCGGCUGCUCGAGUGCCUGGAGUUUGAUCCGGAGGAGUUCUAUCAUCUGUUGGAAGCCGCCGAGGGCCAUGCCAAAGAAGGGCAGGGAAUCAAGUCGGACAUUCCCCGCUACAUCAUCAGCCAACUGGGGCUUACCAGGGAUCCCCUGGAGGAAAUGGCCCAGCUGAGUAGCUAUGACAGUGGCAACCCUGACACCCCUGAAACUGACGACUCUGUGGAUAGCUGUGGAACUGUGAUGCAGAGGAAGAAACCCCCCUGCGAGGAGGACUUUGAGAACAUCAAGCUCAUCAGCAACGGAGCCUAUGGCGCGGUGUACCUGGUCCGGCACAAGGAGACCCGGCAGCGCUUUGCCAUGAAGAAGAUCAACAAGCAGAACUUGAUCCUGAGGAACCAGAUCCAGCAGGCCUUCGUGGAGCGAGACAUCCUGACCUUCGCAGAGAACCCCUUUGUGGUCAGCAUGUUCUGCUCCUUCGAGACCAAGCGCCACCUCUGCAUGGUCAUGGAGUACGUGGAAGGUGGUGACUGUGCCACUCUGCUGAAGAACAUUGGGGCCCUGUCUGUUGACAUGGCGCGCAUGUACUUUGCUGAAACGGUGCUUGCCCUCGAGUAUCUUCACAACUACGGCAUCGUUCACCGGGACCUCAAACCUGACAAUUUGCUGAUCACCUCAAUGGGACACGUCAAGCUCACUGAUUUCGGGCUCUCGAAGAUCGGGCUUAUGAGUCUCACCACCAACCUGUACGAGGGGCACAUUGAAAAGGAUGCCAGGGAGUUCCUGGACAAGCAGGUGUGCGGCACCCCUGAGUACAUCGCCCCGGAGGUGAUCCUACGGCAGGGCUACGGGAAGCCGGUGGACUGGUGGGCGAUGGGGGUCAUCCUCUACGAGUUCCUGGUGGGCUGUGCACCCUUCUUCGGAGACACACCAGAGGAGCUGUUUGGACAAGUCAUUAGUGAUGAAAUCAUCUGGCCUGAAGAAGAGGAUGCGCUUCCCCCUGAAGCAGAGGAUCUCAUCUCUAAGCUCCUCAGGCAAAACCCUAUGGACAGGCUGGGAACAGGCAGUGCUUUUGAGGUGAAGCAGCACCGUUUCUUCUCUGACCUCGACUGGAACAGUUUACUGCGGCAGAAGGCAGAGUUUAUCCCCCAGCUGGAGUCGGAGGACGACACCAGCUACUUCGACACUCGCUUGGAUCGCUACCACCACGUGGACUCAGAAGAGGAGGAGGACACGAAUGAUGAAGAGCAUGUAGAAAUGCGUCAGUUCUCCUCCUGUUCCCCUCGCUUCAGCAAGGUGUACAGCAGCAUGGAGCGCCUGUCCCUUCACGAGGAUAAGAAGACCCCGCCUCCCACCAAGCGCAGCCUGAGCGAGGAGGGCACUGGCAAGAUGGACAGCCUGAGUGGGCUCAAGUCCCGGGACCGCAGCUGGAUGCUGGGCUCGCCUGAAAUCCUGCGGAAGCGCCUGUCCGUGUCGGAGUCCUCGCACACGGAGAGCGACUCCAGCCCCCCGCUGACGGUGCGCCGCCGCUGCUGCUCCGCCAUCAUCGAGAUGCCACGCUUUGCCAUCUCCACCGAGGACGAGAGCUCCAGGAAGGGCCCCCCUUCCAGCUGGGGUCCCCGCGGGGAGGAGCUCCCCCUCACCAUUCCCGAGCAGCCCCUGGAGAGAGAGCUGCGGCUGGACGAGUCCCCCACCACCCCCGGCUCCACCAGAACCCUGGGCAAGAGCAUGCUGACACUCGGCGGCUCCACUGAACUCUCUGAGCGCUCUUCGCGGUGCAACAGCACUGAAGUUUCGGACAACGCCACACCCAAGGCCAUCAGCGACCUGGCAGCCCGGCGCGCGCGGCACAGACUGCUCUCCGGGGAGGUGCUGGAGAAACGCACCUCGCGGCCGCUUAGCAAGGUCAUCAAGUCAGCCUCCGCCACCACGCUGUCCCUCAUGAUCCCGUCCGAUCACUACAGUGGCUCCCCUCUGGCCAGCCCGAUGUCACCCCACUCCCUCUCGUCAAACCCGUCCUCGCGAGACUCGUCCCCCAGCCGCGACUACUCGCCCGCCAUCAGCAGCGUCAAGCCGGCGAUCGUGAUCCACCGCGCGGGCAAGAAGUACGGCUUCACGCUGCGGGCCAUCCGUGUCUACAUGGGGGACACAGACGUCUACACAGUGCACCACAUGGUCUGGCAUGUUGAAGAGGGCGCCCCAGCACACAAUGCUGGUCUGCGGGAGGGUGAUCUGAUCACUCACGUCAACGGGGAGCCGGUGCACGGCCUGGUCCACACAGAGGUGGUGGAGCUCAUCCUCAAGAGCGGCAACAAGGUGUCCAUCUUGGCCACUCCCUUCGAGAACACGUCCAUCAAAGUGGGUCCGGCGCGCAAAGCCAGCUACAAGUCCAAGAUGGCCCGGAGGAACAAGAAGACGAAAACUAAAGAAGGUCAAGAGAGCAGUAAGAAGCGGAGCUCCCUUUUCAGGAAGAUCACGAAGCAGGCGUCCCUGCUGCACACGAGCCGCAGCCUCUCCUCCCUGAACCGCUCGCUGUCGUCCGGGGAGAGUGUCCCGGGCUCCCCCACCCACAACCUGUCCCCUCGCUCCCCCACGCAGGGCUACCGAUCCAUCCCCGACUCGGCACACUCCGUGGGCGGCAACUCUUCCCAGAGCAGUUCUCCCAGCUCCAGCGUCCCGAACUCUCCAGCCAGCUCCGGCCACAUCCGUCCCAGCUCCCUGCAUGGCCUGGCCCCCAAGCUGCAGCGCCAGUACCGCUCCCCUCGCCGCAAAUCUGCAGGAAACAUUCCGCUGUCCCCCCUGGCCCGGACCCCCUCCCCGACACCCCAGUCCACCUCACCGCAGCGCUCCCCCUCCCCCCUGUCCGGUCACACUCUGGGCAGCUCCAGCGUCACCCAGUCCUUUCCGGUCAAACUGCACUCUUCUCCCCCUCUCGUCCGCCAGAUCUCCCGGCCCAAAAGCGGCGAGCCCCCUCGCUCACCUCUGCUCAAGAGGGUGCAGUCUGCGGAGAAGCUGGCCUCCUCCCUCUCCUCGUCUUCCUCCCCCUCCCCCUCCUCCCGCAAGCACAGCCUGGACAUCUCGCACGCGGAGUUCAAGAAGGAGAUGAUGCAGCGGGACCCCAGCCUCCAGAGCCUGCAGGAGUCGGCCAGCGAGACCCUCCUGGGCGGCAGAACGGCCUCUGUCGAGAAGGGGAUGCUGCAGAAGCCGUCGGCCCGCAAGCUGGGCCGCCAGGAGCCGCCCGAGGGGGCAGGAGCUGCUGCAAGCAACAGCAAACUGAAGGACAAGCUGUCGGCGAUCCGGCAGGACCGCGCAGAGAGGCGGGAGUCUUUGCAGAAGCAGGAGGCCAUCCACGAGGUGGACUCCUCCGAGGACGAGACGGACGAGGGCUCAGAGGACAGCCAGGACGGGAGGAGGCUGAAGCACAGGAUUGACUCUGCCGACGAUGACCCCUUCCUGCCACCUGAGCCCUAUGUGAAAACAAUGCUGGUCCAGCCGCCCAAGAGCAGUGCAGCAGCAGCAGCAGCAUUAUCCUCAUCACCUCCGGCAAGCCAGCUGCAGUGUGCAGGACAGACGAUCGGACCAUCAGAUAAACUGGAGCCUUCGUCUACCAGCUCUGUUAAAGCAACCGAAGCACAACAGAAAUCACCUCAGACCACAACCCCCACAGCGGAGGUUCCUAAAGACAUAUCCAGGCUCGCCGGCCCAGCGGCUCGGAUCCAUCAAGGCAUCCAGACGACUGCUCCCGGGAAAUUGUCUGCGUCUGGGAUUCAGAGUGCUUUUACACCGCUGAAGGAUGCUUUUCUAAAGUCGGCCCCGGGUAUCUGCACUCUGGCCCCUGCAGCUACGGCCAGUGAGUCUCUGACUGUGACUUCAAAAGACACUAAAUGCACUCCAAAGCAGGUCCCAGAAAACAAAGAAAAGAGCAGCAGCCUUUCGGGGAGAAUCAGCGACAAGUCCGUGAAGCCCAGCCGUGCCCUGGAAGUUAAGCCACUCUCUCCUGCCGUACACUGCCAAGCCAGCCCUGCCCCAGCUGAGGGCAUCUGCAAGGAGAAGAAGGAAGCGGACAAUAAGAGGAGCGCAGCCAUCGCUGCAUCGACUGCUCCUGUUCCAGCUAGCACCGCUGACAAGAUAACGCCACUCGUGUCCCAGCUAGCCACGGUGGCCAAAAGUGUGCUCGGACCGGUCAAGCUGAGCAUCCCUGGAGCGAAGGAGGCUUUUGAAAAAGCCAGAGAGAUGCAGCCGGAAGACUGCCUCAACACAAAGGGAAAGGAGCAGGGGAAAGCCAAGCAGGAGCAGGACAGGCUUGAUGCACUCAAGACGUCAACUUCGGCGGGACAGGCAUCGCCCUCCAAACAGACAAGCCCUCUGCUCCCACUGGUGUCCGAGUCUGCACCCAGACAGCCUGCACUGAAAACUGAAACGGGUCCCAUGAAGACCCUGGGAGACAGGAGGAAAACCAUGUCGGUUAAAGAAUGUGCCCAGGUGACGUGCGGUAAAACGGCUGGUAGCGCCCCCUACCAGCAGGUCAGUUGCAGUGCCCCACGUAAGGAAGUCCCCCAGACAGUGAAACAGUCAGAGACGGGGGACCAAAAGAGAGGACAGGAAUUGCAGGUGUUGCAGAAAGCAGCUGCAACAGCAGCAACGUCGACGACGACACAAGACAAAGUUUACAGGAAAACGUAGCAGCAUCGCCGGAGGAGAAACUCGCACUCCAGCUUCCAAUAACAAAAUAAAGACUGCAUGUUUAAAAACUUUAUACGAAACACGAAUCACAAACAAACAAAGGAAAUCCAGAUACAGAAUUAGGGUUUUUUUGUACAUUUUUUUCAUACACAGUUAGCAUUUUUUUGUAAAUGGCGGGGCAAGAAAUAAACAGCUUUAAUUAAACGUUCAGAGAGUAGCUCUAUUUUUUUUUUUUUAACAAUUGCUCACCACUACCAAGUUUCAGUCUGAGCCCACAGUUGUUUUCUUGCUAAUGGAACAGGUUGUGCCUUAAUGAAUACAAUCUUUCAGAAACAUCUGCAUGACUUAGAUGAAAGAUACGUCUUGAGAAUUCGAACUAUUAAAGUAGCCGAUGCAUAACUCUUUCUAUAAAAUACAUUUCAGACCUGUUCAAAGCAAUGCCUUUCCGUCAUUCAUGCUCCAUUCGUUUACAUCAGAAACACUCCUUUUACAAUACAGCAUUGCAAGACGCAACUCCAGCAAAGUGGACCUUUUUUAGAUAUAUUUUAUAUCAUGAACACUAAAAAUAAAAAAAUAAAGCAGACAGCGUCAGGAGGCAUGUUCAGUAGUCCCGUACUGCUCCGUGCUGAUCGCAUGCCUUGCCCUGGUAGAGGUGCCCUUGCUGACCAUGUACAAGCUGUCUAACCUGUCCUGACCGAUGCACACACGUGAACAUUAUGCUGGUCUACUCUGUAGCACAGUGGAGAAUCAGAUGAUUAAAUACAAACGUCUGAAUGGGAGGUAGAGGAAGGCGUCUGUGAGAUUCCUGUGUUGGUUGUCAUUUCAGCAGUCAAGGUGCUGGAAGUACCUUUGCUCCUUGAACAACUGCAAGGGCCAGAUGAUGCAGCAGCCAGCCAACCAGCGGACUGCUGAUGAAGCAGCUCUGCAAAAGGGACGCGAUACAAAAUAAAGGACAUCAAACAAGACCAAUGGUUAUUUCUAGCCCUGCUUCUUUUUUUUUGGCCAGUUUCGUUUAUUAAAUUAUUAA